UUUUUUCUGUUGUGUUUUGUGUGAGUUUUUCCUGCUUUGCUGGGGUUUCGCGUUAUGGAUGUGCUAUGGAUGAUACCGCUGCUGCUGAUCCCACUCCUGAUGUGGACCAGCAGCACGUUUGUUUUCUAUUUCAAAAAGUGCUUUUACGUCGCCUGGAUGAUGUGCUUGGCUCUGAUCACCAUCCCUCUGUGCAUACUGAAGAGCGGAGGCAGAGAUGUUGAAAACAUGAGGAUUAUCCGCUUCAUGGUUCGUCAUGUGAAGUAUUUCCUGGGUCUUCGGUUUGAAGUGAGCGGCUGGGAGCAUCUGCAGACAGAAGGACCCUACGUCAUCAUCUCCAACCACCAGAGCUCACUGGAUGUUUUGGGCCUGAUGGAGAUUUUGCCAGACCGCUGCACCAUGAUCGCCAAGAAGGAGCUGGUCUACGCCGGCACAGUUGGUCUCAUCUGCUGGCUGGGUGGCAUCGUCUUUAUCAACCGUAAGAAGACGAGCGAUGCCAAGAGCGUCAUGGCCGGCGCUGCCAAAACCAUGCUGGACGACCAGAUCCGCCUGUGGGUGUUCCCAGAGGGAACGCGAAACCAGAAGGGCGACCUGCUGCCCUUCAAAAAAGGAGCUUUCCACCUGGCAGUGCAGGCACAAGUUCCCAUCAUACCCAUCGUUUUCUCCUCCUACAGCAACUUCUACCUACGGAAAGAAAAGCAGUUCAAAUCAGGGACCAUCCGAUUGAAGAUCCUUCCGAAGAUCGAGACGAAGGGGAUGACAACAGACGACGUAUCAUCCCUCUCCGACAAAUCCUUCAACGUGAUGCGCUCUGCAUUCUUGCGCAUCUCUGACUCCGUAACCCAGAGCAACGGGCCGUUGAGGCACUGAACAUUUACCAUAACUCCCACCCCCUUUUUUUUUCCUCCUACGUCCCCCCCACACAUGUCUGAGGCCCGUUCCUUUCCCCCAGAACCUCCUCCCUCCCCUCCCCUCGCUCUCCCCAGGUUGUCCCAUUACCUGGCCAGGAAACAACAUGACACAGGGUCUCUCUGUCAUGAAAUCUCUUCUUGUCUAGUUGACGCCUGGUCCAAGUCCGCCUCUGGCCUGACCCAUACAGCACAGUCAGUCCCGACCCUCACUGUGUCUGCAGCAGCAGCACCCAGCAGCAGCAGCAGCAGCGCUGCUCUGCACGCCGUGAGCGGAGUGACGGACGGCAAGCCGAACAGUAUGGAUGUGUGUUGUUCUUCAUGCAUGCCUUUUUUGGAUGGCUCUGUCCACCUUCAUCGUUGCUUUGUUGCUCUGGCUUUGGAAGCCCGGCUUUCUUAUUGUCUUACUUUACGACCGUUUUUGUACUUUUUUUCUUUUGGCCUUCUUCUCCUUUUCACUUCAGUUUGCCUUCUUUUUAGCAGAUAAACCAUGGCAUCUCUUUUCUGCUCAUCGGUGGAUAUUCAUGGUUCCUCUCACGCAGCCUUUUUUAAUUCUUUUUGCACACACACAUAUAUACAUGCACACACACAUUCAAAGCACCCCAUCUUCCUUCCUUCCUUUUCCUCUUUAGUAUCUUCUCCCCCUUUCUGCAUUCCAGUGUCUUGCCUAAAAGACAAAGGGAGCGGAGUCUCCACAAGCGGUGGACUGUGUGGAGGUGAGAGGCGAACCGUGGACUCCUUUUUUUGGUUCUGUCGCUACGACUUCAACUCAAUAUCCGCGUUGGCUGUUCAACUCAAAUGACCAGUAGCUUCCAUGACAUAAUCACGAUGUCAGAAAGCAAAGGAAAUCAAGGUUACAAGAUACAGUGCGUGACAAUGGCACCCAUCUGUACUGAUUUUUAAGGGACCUGAGCGGACUGAUCAGUUUUCAAUGUCGUGCAUUGUUGGUGUAUCAUUGAUGUGCAUUCUUUCAGUUUUGUCUCUCCAAAAAGAUUAGCGCAUUGCCGCAUCGAGCAGCAAGUGUCCUCUCUCGCUGUAUUCUGUAUUUUUGUUUUCUAUUUAUUUCUACAUCUGAUAAUCUCUUGUUUUUUUGUUUUUUUUGUUUUGUUUUUAAUCUCCUCGGAUGAAAAACUCACAAGUGAACCUAUUUAAGAUGUGUCAAAAAAAAGAAAAGAAAAAAAGGUGAAUUCAUAAUGUGCAAUGUCAAAUGUUUAUUAGCGUUACAGCUCCAAAGUGCAAGCUACCCGCUGUGCCAUGACAAAGUGUUUUUUUCGGGAAGUUUCCAAUGUAAUUGCCCAUUUAUUAUUAUAUUAUAUCACAUUAUGACCUGCUUAAAUCAGUCACCCGUUGACUGAUGUCACUUUACCAAUGAUGUAAUUUCCCUCGUACCAAUGAUGCAAGGCUUUUCUCGCUACGAGGAGGAAGGUAGAAAGUUGUGACUGACUUUAUUUGCUCUGAUUUAGCUUUGUGAAUUACAGACGAACGUACUCAAGUUUAACAUCUCAGACAAGUUUGAGGGUUGUCCCCUUCUUCAUUAUUAUUUUUUUAACAUGAAAGUGAAUAACAUUGUUUUAGUUGUGAAGUUCUGAUUCAGUUAUUGCUUAACCACGUAGGAGAAUAUUAGAUUAUUUGAAAAGUUGUUGGAAUUUUUUUGGCCUUAAGUUUGAUUUGGUUGUUGUUAUUGCUCGAUGAUCAACUUGUUUUGUAAUGUGUACUGGCGACCUCUAACCAGAUAGAACUGACUGAACUUUUUUUUUUAGUUUACAUCCGGGUCUUAAAUUUCACGUUGCCCCCACUGCCUUUUGAACUGUUGGCGAAAUUCAAUCAUUUUGCCGCUUUUUUUUUUGCCCAUCAAACAAACAUCUGAGAAUGUGUUUCAGCAUUCAGGCAUCAUCACGAGCAUCUCUUAUUUUAUUUUGUGAAGUUCUUGUAUUAAAAGUGGGAUGUUGUCUUGCACACGGUUGGCAUCAAAUCUAGAAAAAAAUGUAUUUAUUUGAGAAUUUAAAUUUAGACUUGUGCACACAAACCUGAGGAGAUCAUCUCGAGACUGGAUUUAUCCAUAGUUUGGUACUAAGCCUGUACACUGCUGUUCCUAGUUGAGCGCAACAGUAGCUUUAGUGAUACCUGCUGGGCUCUCGUCUUCGUUACACGUGAUGGUCAAGGUUUCAUUUAUAUUUAAAAGGCCAGUAUGGAAUACAUGCCCCCUACUAACUCUAAUGAAUCAAAUUCUGUAUAUUUUUUUCUCUUAGGUUGAAUAUAUUUAUUGACUUUUAUCUUUAAGAGCAGAUUUUACCUUUUUGCAGCAAGUGGUUUGAAUGUUAUAAAAGUGCUCUACCAAAUUGAUUUCUUCCAAAAUAUGAAUUAUACCAUACACGUUUUGCUAAUGGAGUGUUUUAAUCCAUUUAUUUUCUGUUCAGCUCUCAGUUAUUUUGUAAUACAAAUGUGUGCUUUGUAAGAGCUUUGUUUUUUUGUUUUUUUUGGGGUGGGGAGGGGCAGUUUAUGAACUCGUGUGUAAGAUAUUGGAAAAGAUUCAAAGUAUUGUGAACCUUAAUAAAGCACUUUUCAUGCUGAGUUUGGGUGGAAAGAUUUAAAACAAAAACGAAAAAAAAAAAAAAAGGACUUCCAAGUUUUCUCAGAUUUUCACCAAAGCUAUUAAAAGUGUAAUAGGUGGUAGCUUUUAGAUGGAUACGAGAAACAGAGCUGACACCCUGCAGAGCCUUGAAUGUGUGUGGUCCCUUACUGUGUGUGUGUAUGUGUGUGUGUAAAUAUGCACACAUGGUAUAGACGCCCAUUAUAGUAUCUGGUUAAUAUUGAUGAUGUAGUGUUCUUGAUUUCACCUAUUCUGGGUUAAACGUGAAUGCCUUGCAAAAGAAUAAAUAAAGAUUCAUUCUUUUUUUUU